GAGAAGAAGAAGAACGAUGCGGAAAAGGGGGGAAUGUUAGCGCGACAGGGCAACCAAUAGAACAACAAAAAGAAGGAAGGGAGACACGCAAAGCGACCUUAUGUGGCUUAUUAUAUGUUAAGUAUAGUGAUUAAUACAUACAUACACAUUUUUUCCUAGUUUCGGAAACAGUGGUGCAUUAGAAGAUGAUCUAAUCAAACGAAGAGCUUGGCGGUGGCUGGGGUCUCUUUUUGAGCCACGUGUGGCUCAGGAAAAAGAUGUACCGUGGGGAUAAGGACUUACAGACAUCAGCACGCAAGAUGGGUACGUCCUUGCUUUUCCAGCUGUCCGCCUAUGAACGCGAGCUGGAUUUGGUGUUUCUGGACCACAGCUAUGCCAAACCGUGGAACGCACACCCAGAUGCCAGUAGCGCCCGGCCCACAAGAACUCUGUUUGUAACGCCACGUCGUCAAGCUGAGACUUUGUCAGACUCAGAGUCCUUAAUAGACGUGGAAACGGUCACACCAACACCCAUCCCUCUGUAUGACAACCAGAAAGCACUGAGUGUGAUGAAGGAGUGCGAGAGACACGUCCUGUUUGCUCGAACGGCUGCUGAUGGACCCCCACCUCCUGAUGACUGGGAGGAACAUAUAAACAAGACGGGUUGGUCAGUGACCCAGAACAAAUUGUUCAACAAAGUCGUUAAAGCUCUACAAGCGGAAAGACUAGCCCGUUUGGCCAAUGAAAACGCUUCCAAUGAGCCAAUUCUGCGAAGGAUAGCUGUAGACAAGUGUGCCAGGAAGGUACGACACGCUCUCGCCAGCGUAAACUGGGAAACUAAACUGACGCAGUGGUUACACACCACAAUGAUCGAGUCUUUAAGCCUCUCUAUGCUUGCUGCUUACUUGGAUGUGCUUCAGACCUUAAAAAGCAAGCUGCCGACCCUGAUCGACAGAAUGCUACUGCCGUCUGCAAAGACUGGAGCGCCCAGUGCUGAGGCUUUGUCCCUGCUUUUGAAGCGACCCUGGGAUCCUGCUGUUGGAGUCCUCUCACAGAAUAAACCGUGCAAGCUUCCCGGAUCUCCUCUGAUUCUGAUUGCACCAUCAUUCCCAACUAAUCCCGCCCUCUCCACCUCACGGCGAAUGAGAUUCUGGCAGUCCCAGCUCUCCUGCUUGGGAAAGGUCAUCCCGGUGCACACUCACGUGAACAGUGGGGCCAAUAUUGGAAUCACGCAGUGUUUGGAGCACAUGCUGGGGACUGUACGGGCCAAAGUCAUGGAGGUUCAUAGCCACUUCCCCCACAAGCCCAUUAUCCUGGUUGGUUGGAAUGCUGGUGCGCUUAUCGCUUGUCAUGUGUCUCUCAUGGAAUAUCUGACGGCUGUAGUGUGCCUUGGCUUCCCGCUUCUAACAGUGAAUGGGCCUAGAGGGGAUGUGGAUGACCCACUGCUGGAUAUGAAGACGCCGGUUUUGUUUGUGGUUGGUCAAAAUGCUCUCCAGUGCACCACCGACGGCAUGGAGGAGUUCAGAGAGAAACUGAGGGCAGAUAACAGCUUGGUGGUGGUGGGAGGGGCAGACGACAACCUCAGAAUCAAUUCGGCAAAGAUGAAGUCUGAAGGGUUGACGCAGACGAUGGUGGACCGCUGCGUUCAGGAUGAGAUAGCUGACUUUCUGUCAGGGGUCCUCACCCGGGCAGAGGGCCACAGUCAUGGCUCUGGAGAGAUGAGAGACCUGGACACAGAAAAGAAGAAGAGGCCUCGACGAGAGCUUCCUUUUGAAAUGGAGAGAGGCCGACCUUCAUCUCCUGCGCUCAGAGUUUCCAUUUCCCCCUCGGGCUCAGAGGAUUUGUCGAGUGUGUGUAGCAGCCCCACUUCCAGUCCUAAACCUAAAACCUCUGGUCUAUCUCCGGCACAGAAGUCCAGUCUGAUCACGGCUACACAGCUCCUUAAGACACACAUGCAGCGCUCUGGAACAGUCCUCACUCACAAGCAGGCUCAAGCUCAGUUUGCCGCUUUUAUGAAACAAAACAUGCUUGUGAGGAAAAAUCUUCCUCCUGGCACUCCUUGUAUUUUUGUUCCAGUGACCAGUGAUCAGAUAGAAGGCCUGGACAGAGAUGACCUACGACCUCACGGCAAGAGGAGGCAGACACCCAGCCCCACACCCAGCAAAGCCUCUAAGAGAGCAAAGAUUAAAGUCACCAUCGUUUCCCAAAGCGAGUCAGCAGGAGGCGCCAUCAACCCUGCUGAAGUGGGCGUUUCUGGCAAGCCUUUAACUGUGGCAGUGGGACAGACUGUUCCUGGUGCCAAGGAGCUUUCUGGACUUCUCACAAGUCCGCGGUCUGGUAGUCUCUCAGAGGUGUCUGGUGCCCUGUCCCCAGGCUCCAGUUCAUUCAGCAGCGGGCAGCCUUGCAUGGUGUCAGUGUCCUCCACACCAGCCCAGGUGCAAGCUCCAGCUACUGCCCAAGCACCUUCCGCCAGCAGUCUUCUGCAAGGCCUAAGUUUCAGUCUGCAGGAGAUCGUUACCAAAGCUCCUAACCUUCCUUCUCCAGCGACAAGCACAGGCAGCACUCAGGCAGUUUGUGGAAAAUCCCAGGAUCCAGUCCUGAGUUCUGUUGGUCCCAGCGGCGGCACUCUGCUCCGGACGGUGCCGGUAGUCACAGCAGGAGGGGUCUCUAAAACCACUGCCAUCCAUCAGCUGCUCACCAACGGUGGGCUGGCCAAACUGGCAAGCAGCUUGCCCGGCUUGGCACACAUCACCAAUCAGACCGCUGGUAUGUGUCGAACUGCCAAAACACGACGGCCACGUUGAACACGCAGAGUUCAUUCACUCUUUGUUUUGGAAACAGUAGUUCAGGGCAUCUCUAGCGCACAGAGGAUUACCGCACCGCAGAGACAUGCAGGACAGGUCUGUGGACGAGUGUGAAGAAGGUUUACUUGGAAAGAGCCAACUGGUGUAAAGCUUAUAGAGUCAGCUGUGGAUCUGAAUGGAAUCUGAACAGAGAUCAGCAGCCUAUGUCUGGACUCAUCUUUAUGUAAAAGCAAAAAGAAAAUUGCCUAAAUCUUGGAUUCUGAACCCGCUCUCGUCAGAGUUGUUAUAAUUAUCAUUCCAUGACUCAUUUGUUUGCAUCAUUAUCUCAACAUUGCUGUGAAGUAUAAUCAUUAACAUGGAAGCUAAGCUGUUGGAAAGACAAAAUAGUGUUGACACAUGGCAUUUAACUUCUGUUUCUACUGUUACAAUAAAGGCUGAAAUUAAACUUGUGCUCGU